CUUUAAACAAACUUUUCAGUGGGACUGCCUGCUUCCCUUCCAACUAAGCACUGAGACCCAGACAGAAGGCCUCAGAGAACUCCCCAAAACAUCUACAAUUCACCUGAAGCCAAGGCCCAUCCAACCACCAUCAUGUCGAGCAAACGUGCAAAGGGGAAGACCACCAAGAAGCGGCCCCAGAGGGCCACGUCCAACGUGUUCGCCAUGUUCGACCAGUCUCAGAUCCAGGAGUUCAAGGAGGCCUUCAACAUGAUCGACCAGAACCGAGACGGCUUCAUCGACAAGGAGGAUCUUCAUGACAUGCUGGCCUCACUGGGUAAGAACCCGUCAGAUGAGUACCUGGAGGGGAUGAUGGCGGAGGCGCCGGGGCCCAUCAACUUCACCAUGUUUCUCACCAUGUUCGGAGAGCGCCUCAACGGCACCGACCCCGAGGACGUUAUCCGCAACGCCUUCGCCUGCUUCGACGAGGAGGGUUCUGGAGUGCUCCACGAGGACCACCUGCGAGAAUUACUGACCACAAUGGGCGACCGCUUCACUGAUGAGGAAGUGGACGAGCUGUUCCGUGAGGCGCCUAUCGACACGAAGGGCAACUUCAACUACGCCGAGUUCACCCGCAUCCUCAAACACGGAGCUAAGGACAAGGACGACAUGUAGGGAGAGACUACUGCUUUGCGGCCCGCACACACAGUGCUUUUUUAGAUGGAAUGGACUUCUCUUUUAUAGUCAAUGGUGAUUAUCCAUUGAGGAGUGUAUCUCAGCUAAGUGCAUCUCAAUAAGUCUGUGGUGGCUUCCUCUCUGUAUCCUUUCUGAGAUUCCCAGUGAUCUGAAAAUUGCUCUACUCUAAUCCAUUCCAGGAAAGGUGACAAGGUGAAAGGAAGCAAUAUUAGACUCUUGAGAUGCACUGAACGCCUUUGUAUGUGUGCCCCACUCCCCCUAAAAAGCAUUCCGCACUACGUACCAGCCAAGUACCUCUUCUUGCCUCACACCAGCACCACCUCUGUAAAGAACUGCACCUUCUAUCCAGGAGCUGUAUUGGAAAACCACAUUGUAAUGGACUCUCUUCUAUUCUAUUAAUGUAAUGUUUUUGACAGGUUGUAUGUUACCUUCAUUGCUUAAAUGCUUAUCAUUCCACCCUUCUUUCGUUGGACAUGUUUCCCAGGGCUAGUCAUAUCUCCUUGUCAUCUGGUCAGGUCUAUUCCAACUGCCUGCAUUGAUGCACCACAGCCUCAUUCAAGAUAACACUCAACAUGAAGGGUCAGACCUGUACAAGAAAGCGAGGGAUGAUGUCGUGAAGAAAGUCAGCCUUUUGAAAUUGUUUACUCGUUGCUCUUUCAUAAGAGAGAACAGAAGGAAGAGGUUGGGCUUGGUUGUGUUCGGGUAUAAUCAUGUUUGGGUUGAAUUAUUGUUUAGGGAAAAUGAUCAUGCCUGUAUAGGACUAACGAAGGACCCUGAAGUGACAUUCCCCUGUGUCCUUUAUUCCAGAUGAGUAAGUUCAAUGUCCUGCUGCAUUCAGUGCAGCAUUCAAUACCUUUUAAUAUUCUAUCAGAGAAAAUAAAAUAUAAACUGAUUGAUAUUCUCUUACAUUGCAGUUGUGACACUUCACACCACUUUGAGAAGAAUACUUAAUAUUUACUGUAUGUCUUCAACUCUGCAUUGUUGGAAAAGGACCCGCGAGAAAGCAUUUCACUGUUAGUCUACAACCUGUCAUUUAAGAAGCAUGUGACAUAAAAAUGUAUGAUCAAAAGAAGUGGUCCAGGUUAAAGCACUAGCACCACUGAGUCACUGAGUCUUAGCUGAAAUCAGUAGCAGUGAAAGUGCCACCCCGUUUGCGAUAUUACAAUAUGUUACUUCAAACAGUGAACACCCCCAUCAUUGCACGUGAGAGAAGUGUUAUGUACAGAUUUGUUUUAUGACGAUGCAAAACCAAAAAUGCGCCUGGGGCAGCCAGUGGGGACAUUUCUCCUAAUGCAGAUCAACUUUAAAGGUCAUUAAUAUUGUUUCACCUCAUGCAUCAACAAAAAAAGCUAAAUAUAAUAAAGGUAAAAUAUCAACUAAAUAACGAGGCUAUAUACAAGGGGCACUGGAACCAAGUCAAUGUGCAGGGGUAUGGGUUGAGGUAAUAUGUAGGUAGGGGUAGUGACUGCAUAUAUAAACCUAGAGUAGCAGCAGCAUGUGAAGGAAUAUGAAUGUACAGUGCAUUCGGAAGUAUUCAGACCCCUGGACUUUUUUCACAUUGUUACAUUAGCCUUAUUCUAAAUGAAAAAUCCUAAAUCUACACAAAAUAGCCUGUAAUGACAAAGACAAACAGGUUGAUAUUUUUGCCAAUGUAAAAAAUAAAAAUACCUUGUUUACAUAACUAUU